CACAUCAUUCUCUUGCCUGGAAUCCUAAUCAGUUUAGCAGCAGUACCGCUCCGAAACGCAGUCGUUCAUUCCACAUUUCCGCUCGCCGUAAUCAAAGAGUCCAUUGGAGAGUCGUUUUGAACGAAAAAUGACGUCCAAUGUCGCUCUCUGCAGACCCUCCGCUGCUGUUUUCCACUCAGCAGGGGCUCAUCCUGUCGUGCAUAAGAACUUCAGUGGCCUGAAGGCGAUGCCCGUGAGCCUCGCUGCGUCGCGGAAAUGUGUCGCUCGAUCUCCUGCCAGAUCAUCAGUUUCCGUGCGAGCUGCUGCCGCUGCUCCCACACAUUUCCUCCACAUUGACGACUUCGAUAAGGACACUAUCCUCCACAUUCUCAAUCGCGCCAAAGAAGUGAAAGCGAUCAUCAAGUCUGGCGAUCGCUCCUUCCAGCCACUCAAGGGUCACACCAUGUCGAUGAUCUUCACCAAGCCGUCCAUGCGCACGCGAGUGAGCUUCGAGUCGGGCUUCUUCCUGCUGGGCGGCCACGCGCUCUACCUGGGGCCCGACACCAUCCAGCUGGGGAAGAGGGAGGAGACGAGGGACAUCAGCAGGGUGAUCAGCGGUUAUAAUGACAUCAUCAUGGCUCGGCUGUUCGCACAUCAGGACAUAUUGGAUCUGGCCAAGUACUCGAGCAUCCCCGUGGUGAACGGACUCACGGACUACAACCACCCAUGCCAGAUCAUGGCGGAUGCCCUCACCAUCAUCGAGCACCUGGGGCAGAUCGAAGGCAUGAAGGUCACCUAUGUAGGCGAUGGCAACAACAUUGUGCACUCCUGGCUGCGCCUGGCAGCAGUCAUCCCCAUGCACUUCGUCUGCGUCUGCCCCGUGGGUUUCGAGCCCGACGCCGCAACUGUGGAGCGGGCACGAGCCGCAGGGAUAAGCACAAUAGAGAUCAGUAAUGACCCUGUGGAGGCGGUUAAGGGCAGCAAUGUGGUUUACACGGACGUGUGGGCGAGCAUGGGGCAGAAGGAGGAGGCGGAGAUGAGGAAGACAACGUUCCAAGGCUUCCAGGUGGAUGAGGCAAUGAUGGCACGGGCCGGCAAGGAUUGCCUGUUUAUGCACUGCCUACCGGCGGAGAGAGGGGUGGAGGUGACGGAUGGAGUUAUUGAAGCUCCUUACUCCAUUGUUUUCCCGCAAGCUGAGAACCGCAUGCAUGCACAAAACGCCAUAAUGCUGCAUUGCCUGGGGAAGUAGAUAGUAAAAAAGUGAUUGCCUGGAGAUUACACAAGAAUUGUUAGUAGGUUUGAGGUUAUAUUUAUAGUGAGUUGCAAGAUUUAGCAGGUCUUAAGACUUUCAACUUUCAAACUACUUGCAAAACUGCCUACAAAAACUGUUUACCACA